AUGGCGUCCUAUCAACUAUUAGAUCAAAGAGAGGAAGACGAACUUCACAAAGCUCGCCUCCUUAAUGUCGAAGAAAAACCCUUCAAGCGUAUCACUAAGCGCCUACUCACCCCUGGGUCUCUCAUCAAUACACCAAGCAAACUUCCUACACCACCACCUGAUAACACCCGAGAGGCAGCAGAAGUCGACCGCCAAAAGUCUCUCGAUGAGCGUCGUCAGUUGCGCGAAGAUGUGCUCCUCGAUUUUGCCGCAUUCGAUAGCAGUAUCGCGCGCAUUCAAUUUCUCCGCAAUAGCAACGAACGCGAACGCGAGAGGUACAAGACUGAUAAGGAUCAUAUUCUGGAAACGGCACAAGCGGUGAGAGAUAGUACUGCACAGUUGAGGACUCAAUUGGACGAGGCGAAAAAUACGUUGGAGCAAAGAAAGAAGUUUGAUGAAUUGGCCGAGAAGAUUACGAAUAAUAUGUUGUUGCGACCACGAAAGGAUCAGGAAAUUAAUUUGAGGAAAUUGGAAGACGAAUGCAAGGAGUUGGAAAGAGAAAGCAGAACAUAUGGAGAGACAUGGAAAGAGAGGAGAGAACAAUUUGGUAGAAUCGUUGAGGAAGGAAUGCAAUUGAGAAGGUUGAUUAGGGAUGAGAAAGAAGAGGUGGAGAGACGAGAAGGGAUGGAUGGUGGAGAGGAAGACGGUGAGGUUGGAGAUGCUGGAUCCAGAGGUGGACAGACUCCUAGACGCAAUAGUGCAAGUGAGGAUGCGACACCGAGACAGGGAAGCCCGGAAAGAGGUACACUCAAACCUAGACCUAAGCCUUCUGGGUCAUUGUCAAGAUCUGGUUCAAGAUCCGGUUCAAGGGCUGGCUCAAGGUCUGGAUCGAGAGGCAGAUCGGCAAGUCGAAUAGCAUCUCCCACAAGUUCAGAGCGGGCUAGGAGUCGUAGACACAGGGAUACGGAGAGUGAUGAAUUUACAAUGGCAGACUCCGGUGCCAAACCUGUGGAGAUAGAUCUUCCAGCUGAUACACCUAUGGGGGAUGGAAUGGAUUCAACACAAGAAGGAACGCCACAAGUCACAAUCAAUGAACCUGAGGAGGGAGCAGUGGACGAGGGAGAAGCUGGUGAUCAGAUGGAUACCACAUAG